AUGUCAGAAACAGCUGUCAAUGUAUCAGGUACUAAGGCAGAAACAGGUGUCAAUGUAUCAAGUACAGGGGCAGAGACAGGUGUCAAUGUAUCAAGUACAGGGGCAGAGACAGGUGUCAAUGUAUCAAAUACUAAGGCAGAAACAGGUGUUAAUGUAUCAGGUAUUCAGGCAGAAACAGGUGUCAAUGUAUCAGGUAUUCAGGCAGAAACAGGUGUCAAUGUAUCAGGUACUAAGACAGAAACAGGUGUCAAUGUAUCAAAUACUAAGGCAGAGACAGCUGUCAAUGUAUCAAAUACUAAGGCAGAAACAGGUGUCAAUGUAUCAAGUACUGAGGCAGAGACAGGUGUCAAUAUAUCAAGUACAGGGGCAGAGACAGGUGUCAAUGUAUUAGGUACUGAGGCAGAAACAGAUGUUAAUGUAUCAGGUAUUCAGGCAGAAACAGGUGUCAAUGUAUCAGGUACAAUGUCAGAAACAGGUGUCAAUGCAUCAGGUAUCAAGGCAGAAACAGGUGUCAAUGUAUCAAGUACAAUGUCAGAAACAGAUGUCAAUGUAUCAGGUACUGAGGCAGAAACAGGUGUCAAUGUAUCAGGUACAAUGUCAGAAACAGGUGUCAAUGUAUCAGGUACUGAGGCAGAAACAGGUGUCAAUGUAUCAGGUAUCAAGGCAGAAACAGAUGUCAAUGUAUCAGGUACUAAGGCAGAAACAGGUGUCAAUGUAUUAGGUAUCAAGGCAGAAACAGGUGUCAAUGUAUCAUGUAUCAAGGCAGAAACAGGUGUCAAUGUAUCUGGUACUAAGGCAGAAACAGGUGUCAAUGUAUCAGAUACUUAG